AAGAAUGAAGAUGAGAAUGAGAAUGAGGAGAAUGAAUAUAAAGAUAAACAAAUAAAGAUGCAGUAUAAUCUACUUAAGAUUGUUUAAUAUAUAUAACCAAUAUUUAUUUUCUCAGCUUCCGGAUGAUCAUUUCAGUACUCACGGGUUUUAUUUUAAAAUAAGCCACGCCUCCGUUUAGUUUUAGUGGCAAAUCAGCGGGAUCUCACUGUCUGCUACUAAAUGACGAUUUUUGUUUUACGUAAACUUCACCAGGAAUCUCCACAGUCUACCAGAUUAAUUUAUUCCUCUGAAAAAUACGCACUUUGUUACAAUGUCUUCCGAUUUGCUCAAUCUUUAAUUGUCAAUAUUAAUAAAUUUUAAGAUGGAGUACAGUGUUGAGUCGUCAAAACUGAAAUUUGGAGUUGAGAGAAUUUUAUCUUCUGACUUUUGCAACAAAACUCUCCCCAUUCCCAAAGUGACUAUUAAGUUGUUCGGAAACUACUCCGGCCAAGAGUGCCCUUGCAUUGGUGGGUGUAACAAGUGCAUGACUUUUUGUAAUUUCACUUCUGAGUCGCUUUGUGCGCCGAAUUAUACCAGUGUUAUUGAAAAGUAUCAAAGUAUUUGUCGGCCUGCUCCUUUGAGGCCUAUUCCUCGAGUUCCUGUUUCUUCGACGACGACGACGACGACGACAAAUAAUACAGAGAGUGGAUCCAGGAGAAAAAGGUCCUGGUCGAGGGCCGUCUUCAGCGCUUUGCAGAGAAAAGGAUUGGAGAAGAGAUUUUCGUUGCAAAAAUAUAUUACUAAGCCUGACAGACGGCAAUUGGCGGCUACUUUAGGGCUUACUGAUGCACAAGUAAAAGUUUGGUUCCAAAACAGAAGAAUGAAGUGGCGACAUACAAAAGAAAGCGAAAAUAUAAUCCCAGAAGGAUCUGAUCCCCAAAAAAAUUUACCAAAACACCAAAAUCAAAACCAAAAUUCGCAAAAAAAUUCCAAUUCAAAUCCAGAAAUCUCGGAUGAAGAAGAAGAAAUUCAAGUUGACAUUUGA